GGCAGUAGGAGGCGAGCCCCUAUUCGCUGCGCGGACGCCUCCCCGCCCCAUUCCUCUCUGAGCUAGAAAUUACAACUCUGGGCGCUCGGCGCGGGCAGGGAGGGGGUCCCCGAGCCGGCGGCUCCCGCCCCCCGCUCCCCGCUGCAGCGUCGUGCGGCCAAGGUCAGGGGCGCCGCAGGAGCAGCGCCGAGACAGGGAAGAGGUCACUGCUGGGCGCACGGGCCGGUCCCUAGCAGAGGCGGCGGGGCGUACGCGGGGGGCGCUGUCCGCCGCCUGGUGGUGCUGGGCCAGCCGCGGCCCGCGCCGGACGGGGCGGGGCGAGGACAGAAGCGGCAGCUGAGAGGACUCAGCCCCGGUGCCACGCGAGCCCCGCGAUCGCAGGAGGUGAGCACGCGCCCUUCGCCCGCCCUAGUCGUCCCGGGAGGCGGCCUCAGGACCCCGAGAGGAGGCUCGCAGCAGGCGCGCGGGGAAUGCCCCCGGCUUCCCGCCCCGAGGCGCGGACACCGCCGGCCGGUCCCUGCCGGUCUCUAGAGUCUUGCGCGCUGCCCACCGGCCCCAGGCAGCUCCGACCGCGGCUAUGGAGGAGGAGCUGAAGUGUCCGGUGUGCGGCGCCCUGUUCCGCGAGCCGAUCAUCCUGCCCUGCUCGCACAAUGUCUGCCUGCCGUGCGCGCGCACCAUCGCGGUGCAGACCCCGGACGGCGAGCAGCACCUGCCUCCGCCGCUCCUGCUGCCCCGGGGUCCAGACUCGGACCCUGUGGCCUCUGGUGGAGCGGGGGCCCCCGGGGGCGCGGCGGGGGGCGCGGCUGCAGGCGGCGGGGACCACGCCGACAAGCUGAGCCUGCAUAGUGAGACCGACAGCGGCUACGGCUCCUACACGCCGAGCCUCAAGUCCCCCAACGGGGUCCGCGUGCUGCCCACGGUGCCCGCACCCCCAGGAUCUUCGGCGGCCGCAGCCCGGGGCGCCGCCUGCUCUUCUCUGGCCGCGUGCUCUUCCAGCUCCAUCACCUGCCCGCAAUGCCACCGCAGCGCUUCCCUGGACCACCGCGGCCUGCGCGGCUUUCAGCGCAACCGGCUGCUGGAGGCCAUCGUGCAGCGCUUCCAGCAGGGCCGCGGGGCGGCGCCAGGGGCGUCUGCGGCCGCGGCGGUGGCUGUCUGCCAGCUGUGCGACCGCACCCCGCCAGAGCCCGCGGCAGCGCUCUGCGAGCAGUGCGACGUGCUCUACUGCGCCGCCUGCCAGCUCAAGUGCCAUCCGUCCCGGGGCCCCUUCGCCAAGCAUCGCCUGGUCCAGCCACCGCCGCCACCCGCACCCCCCGAGCCGGCCCCGGUCGCCACCGGCGCAGGCGGCGGCUGUAAGAGCCCUGGAGGCGCUAGCGGGGGCGCGGCGCGCAAGUUCCCCACGUGCCCUGAGCAUGAGCUGGAGAACUACAGCAUGUACUGCGCCAGCUGCCGGAGCCCGGUGUGCUACGUGUGCCUGGAGGACGGCCGGCACGCCCAGCACGAGGUGAAGCCGCUGGGCGCAGCCUGGAAGCAGCACAAGGCCCAACUCUCUCAGGCCUUAAAUGGAGUUUCAGACAAGGCCAAAGAAGCAAAGGAGUUCCUGGUUCAGCUCAAGAACAUCCUGCAGCAGAUCCAGGAAAAUGGCCUGGACUAUGAGGCCUGCUUGGUGGCUCAAUGUGAUGCCCUGGUGGACGCGCUGACCCGGCAGAAGGCCAAGCUGCUCACCAAGGUGACGAAGGAGAGGGAGCACAAGCUGAAGAUGGUCUGGGACCAGAUCAACCACUGCACACUGAAGCUGCGCCAGUCCACAGGGCUAAUGGAGUACUGUCUGGAGGUGAUCAAGGAGAACGACCCCUCGGGCUUCCUACAGAUCUCCGAUGCGCUGAUCAAGCGUGUGCAGGUGUCUCAGGAGCAGUGGGUCAAAGGUGCCCUGGAGCCGAAAGUGUCUGCAGAGUUUGACCUGACCUUGGACAGUGAGCCGCUGUUGCAGGCCAUCCACCAGCUGGACUUUCUUCAGAUGAAAUGUAGGGUGCCGCCUGCACCCCUGCUGCAGCUGGAGAAGUGUUGCACCCGCAACAACAGUGUCACACUGGCCUGGAGGACACCACCCUUCACCCCCAGCCCUGCUGAUGGCUACGUCCUGGAGCUGGAUGAUGGCGAUGGGGGGCAGUUCCGGGAGGUGUAUGUUGGCAAGGAGACUCUGUGCACCAUAGACGGGCUGCACUUCAACAGCACCUACAAUGCCAGGGUCAAGGCCUUCAACUCCUCAGGUGUCGGGCCGUACAGUAAGACAGUUGUCCUGCAGACAUCUGAUGUGGCCUGGUUCACCUUUGACCCCAACUCUGGGCACCGGGACAUCAUUUUAUCCAAUGACAACCAGACAGCCACUUGCAGCAGCUACGAUGACCGGGUAGUGCUGGGCACAGCCGCGUUCUCCAAGGGUGUGCACUACUGGGAAUUGCACGUGGACCGGUACGACAACCACCCAGAUCCUGCCUUUGGGGUGGCCAGGGCCAGCGUGGCCAAGGACAUGAUGUUGGGCAAGGAUGACAAGGCCUGGGCCAUGUACGUGGACAACAACCGCAGCUGGUUCAUGCACUGCAACUCUCACACCAACAGGACGGAAGGUGGCGUGUGCAAGGGGGCCACUGUCGGUGUGCUUUUGGACCUGAAUAAGCGCACUCUGACCUUCUUCAUCAACGGGCAGCAGCAGGGCCCCACAGCCUUCAGCCAUGUGGAUGGGGUCUUCAUGCCGGCCCUCAGCCUCAACCGCAACGUGCAGGUCACCCUGCACACAGGACUGGAAGUGCCAACAAGCCUGGGGAGGCCAAAGCUGACAGGCAACUAGCCUGGCAGCUCCCACUGUCCAGCUGGCCUGUGACUGGGGCCUCUUUGGAAGGAGCCACAAGUCCUCAAGAAGCUCCAGUCAUCCAAGGGGGCAGGCAAACAACAAACAAGUCCUGGCACAGCUCAGCAGCCACCAAAUAUCUGGAGAUGGUUUCUAUGGGACGUGUUGCAGGUCAUGCUGUAGCUCCCACACCAGUGGAGGACACAGGUGUGCCCUUCACUUUCUCCCACCCAAAUGCUAUGGAGACUCACCACGUGGGGCUCACCCAGGGAGCAAGGCCUUUGGGUCACGGGUAUGCUUCCUGCUGUCUGAUUGCAAAGCUGAUCUUUUGUUGGAGGAGACAGGAAGGCAGACUUUAAGGUUGGCACCCUGAGAUGGAGCCAGGGGCUGUGAUGUCACCCCAUGCAUAAGUGUUACCCCUGCUGGCAGGUUCUCAUCUUUUCUGGGAGAAGUCAUCCUUCAGCAUUUCGGCUCUGGGGCCUUCAGUACAUGACAUGUCACCUGCAGGCCUAAUUCAGGACUGAUCAACAGGGACAUUAAUCGUUAAUGCUUGAUUUUUGCCUCUCUCUUACUGAGAACCUUUUAAAGGGCUUCCUUAGGGUCUUUAUUAAUCAGCCAGUUGUAUGCUGUCUUUCUGUCUCUCUCUGUCUCUUUCUCUCUUUCUCUAUCUCUCUCACUGUCACACAUAUACACACACACAUAACACACACACGUUUGUCCAAAAGUCAGUUACAUAUCAUUCCCUGAGUUCUUAAUUCUUAGCCAUAGAUGGAAAUAUUGGAAUUUUAAUGCCUGUGACAUGUCUUCACCUAGAGGUGACUUUUCUGGAAUUGGCUGCCCUAGAAGCUAACUGGAAAUGUGUCCAAGCUAUUCUUCUGAGCCAGGCCACCCACAUACUUAGAAACAGAGGGGCUGGAGACCUGGGAAGGCCUCUCAUAUCUGUCCGCCUUUUGCUUUGUGGCCUCUAACCACACACUGCUGUCAGGAAAGCAUUAGACACGAGAAGUACCCCGAUGGCAAGAGGGUGGCUCUGCUGUGACAGGGUGGGCAGGACCGUGAGAAAGACAGGAACUUAAUAGCAAUGGCCUGCACUUGUUCGUCUCCAGGCCAACCCGAGGUGCACUGUGUCCCGUGGGCCAGGGAGUGCUGGGGUGAGUCCUCCCCCUCCUGGAAACAGAACUGGGAGGAGGUUCACAUUGUCCUCCCACUUCUUGGACUUGACCUUGGGCUCCUGCCUUGUUCCCUGUGUUCUACUCCUCUAUCUCCACCUGGAAGUCACCGUGCUCUUUCCUUUUUAAGACUCUUUUUUAUAAGUUAUUUGAUUUUGAUGUUGGGGACUGGCUUGUCCACUUGUUGGGGUGGGUUUUUGUAAGACCGGCACCAACUGUGCUUCCUCAGCCACUUUCUCGUGCAGAUCCCAACUGUUUCUUAGGAUCCGCUGCCAGGCUGUGCAGGGCCAGCCAUCCUACCUCGGACUUCACUCACGGCCCGCCAUCUCCUCAGAUGUGCCCAGGUGGGGCAGCUGCCUAGUAUCACCAGGAGCAGCUUGGUGCUGUAUUCCGGCCUCCACACUAGGCCCUGGAGCCACCUGCUCUGUGGAGGUCCAGGGCUUGACUCCAGCGCUUCUUCCUUGCCUACUGGUUUCUGUUUCUGUUUACCCUGUGCCAGAGCCAUGUCCAGAGCUCUCUGUCGCAUACAAGACCUGACAUGCUGUCCUCCUCUGCUCGGCUGCCUCCCCCACCCACUUUCCUAUAGCCUCGGCCCUGGCCUCCGCUCCAGGACCCUGACUCCCCAUGAGGUAGAUACCCAAAGCCUGAAGAACACAGAGGCCACAGCCUUCUUGCAUCAAGGAAGCCAUGGUGAGGUCCACAGGUCCAGAUGCCUGUGGCUUUGGGAGUGUCUUGCUGUCCUGGAGAAGACAGGCUGUGCUCUGGGCAUGAAGCCUGUGCUGGCAAUGCUGUGAAGUCAAAGAGGUCUCAGUCAGAAGGGUCACAAGGACACCUAAAAUCACCCAUCUUGGAGCAGGAGCAGUUCAGGAAUGCUGGGGAGCCAGCAGUCAAAUCAAGGAAAGGCAGAAGUACAAAUCAAAGUGCCCACAAUUUCAGGUGUUUUGUUUUUUAAAGCAGUGCUGGAAAUCAAACCCAGGGCCUCACACAUACUAGGCAAGCACCUACCACUGAGCCAUACCCAGGCUUCUCUCGGUGGGCCUCUUUAAGAACAAAGUUGUCUGACAUUCUAAGAGCAGCAGCCAGGACAGCGCAUUGAGGUGAGGGCAUUUCCCCUCUUAUCCGCACCAGAGCCCAAAAGCAAUAAAGCUAAGGCCAGGGGCAGUGUUGGGGACUCCUUCCAGGCCACCACAGACAAAGCUUUUCUCAGGGCAACCAUGAGCCACAGAGAGAAGGGCAGGCUGGCUACACAUUUGUGCUUUUGUGGGGUUCAAAAAGAAAAGAAGGAACUUACCAAGGCUGAAGUAGUAGAAGGGACAGACAGGUCAUGGGAUUCUCAUCACCCAAAUCCCCUACCACUUUGCAGUGUGGCCAGAUGCUUGUACAUAAACAAGAUCAGGAUGAGGUUUCGGCUGGGCUGGCUGAGGGGCACCUUGGUGUCAGUCUGCUAACAGUUUCCGUGAAAAAGGGACUCAAAGUAGCUUAAGAUGUGGAGUUCCAUUGUCACACUGAUGCCUCUGUACAUAGCCCCACAGUUCUUUCUUUGCUAGUGAGCCACUUUGAUCAAAGUUCAUCUCUUUUAGAAGAACUCAUGAGAAUCUUCCCUCACUCUGAGCAUCCAUCUCUUGCUCCAAGACAGGAGGGCAAUGGCCACAACAGGCCGUUUUUCCUUCUCUCCUCUUUGGGACAUGAUGAUCCCAGUUUUAGUGAACAUGGGUUCCUGGCCUAAGCACUGUGACCCAGGCUGAUUGUCAGCCUCUAUGUGCUCCAUAGCUGCAACAGCACCCUGAUGCCCUGUGGCCCCCGGGGUGGGGUGGGGACAUGCAUCCCAGAGCAAGCCUAUGUGACACUGUGGUGCUCCCUAAGAGAGGAAAGAAGCCCUCCUCUCUGAGCCUUUUCUCUACUUAUAGUGUCCCUGCCCUGCUAGAGCACCCUCAGGAAGACUCAGGUGCAACAUCGCUCUGACUUUCCGGGGAUUCCUGCCUCACUCGAGUGAAAGGCUGACUUCCUGCUAAGGCUUGUUUCUAUGCUAGUGGCAGGUGGUUGCCCAGUCCCACCACUACCUGCAGCCGGGAAGGUGGGUGAGCCUUUUGGGACCUCAACAUGGGAAUGUUGAAGAACACCAUAACAAAUCUGGAGGUGAAGCCAAAGUAUCUCACUUCUAUGGACACUUUGGGGCAACCUCCAGUUAGUUGUGACAAUCACAAGUAUCUAGAGAGGUUGCCAGAUAUUCCUGGGACUUUCCCACUGUGAGCACCAUCUAGUCAUGCUAUUGGUCUGUCAUGCGUCAAUAUUCAGAGUGAUGGUGGCAGCCAAUUCUGUGCUGCACUGAAACCCUGUAUCACAGAGCUGCCAGCGAUUAUGUCAGCUCAAGAUCAGGAUUUUCCACAAGCCUUCAGUGGGCCCUUCAGUUGGGGAAAGGGACGAGCCACAAGCAUAUGCCAUGCUGCCAGGUGUCACAUCUUUGCUCCUGGACAAUGCUCGGCACCACCCUCCUUCGUCAGGAAGGAAAAACUCCUCGCUUUUGUUUUCUUUGGUCACUAGAUGCAACAGGGAAUUUUUAAUGAGUUUGUAGCCUUUAGCAGGUUGCAAAAUCUAAUCAGAUAUUUCUACAAGAUACUCAAGUCUGUACCAAUCCUGGGAACUCUCAGGACUUUUUUUUUUUUUUGAAGUGGGUCCAUAGCUGUUGUCAUUGACCAUCUUCCUCAGCAGCUCUUCCCUGACGGAAUCCCGGCAGCUUAGGGAAAUGCAGCAGAAAGAUGCGGGUGGGCUUGGCGUGGGAUGCACUCACCAGACACCACGUGCAGCCCUCAGAUGUUCCUUGCUGUUAACCUGGCUUUGACUCUGGGUCAUGGGAAUGGAUGGGGGCAAAUCUCUGAAUCUUUCUGUGCCUCAAUAUCCCCACCUGUAAAUGGGACUAGUCACAAUAACCUACCUCCUCUUUUGUCUUGUGAGGAUUAUGGAAUAAUGGUUUUUAAAGAAAAAACGUAUCUCAAGUCUAGAUCAGUGGCUCACAUCUGAGCAAUCAAUGCUAUGCGGGGAAUUUUCCAGACUCCUCUGACCACAAUGUCUUCCAUCUAAAGCCUCCUUGUGACUAGGACAAGUAUUGAUUACUCAGCUAUCAGGAGGAGAUAGAAGAGGCAUUUAAAACAGGUGCAUUUGAACAAAGACAGUAACACUCCAAGUGUUCCAUUCCCAGGGAGGUCUGGUGCUCCAUUCAAGUGCAGGGAAGAAGCUUCCUGUCAGCAAUCUCGUAAUUUCAAGCAGAAGCUCCACCACGCCAAGGAGACAUUAAUCUGGCAUUCUGUCCACUUGGUCACUAAGGCCUGGUGUCACCGACAAGUUCUCUGCAGUGAGCAGAGAGCUGAUGACUUCUGGGACUUCACUUUCUGAGCUAUUAAGGGGGAAGUCUCAACGGAUGAUGUUAACUUCAACUGGAUGGAGUUGGGAGUUGACUCAAUGUUCUUCUCUCAAGAGGCACAGCUCAUGGUGGCCACAGCCUCCAACCUAGUCCUUGGAAUGGCCCUGGAGCUUGUGGGCCAGUAAAGUGGGCACUGAGCACCAGAUCAGACCCCCGAGCAAGGCUUCGGGACUAGAAAGGGGCUGGUGGUAGCUAUGAAAGCAGGACUUAGGGAUGCAUGCUUCAUGAGACAGGCUUGGGACAGCCAUUCCAAUCCCUCCCGCUGGAGCCUGGACUUCUUGAGCCCCGCAGGGUCUCAGCACUGGGAGGAAGGGUAAGUGGCAAAGCAGAAAUGUAAAUGCAUGAUGUAGAAUUGCUGCCUUCGCACUAUGCUGUUGUAUUAAGCAUGAGAGGUGUUUGUUUAACGUUGGCAAAGGAAUUUAACAAGAAAAAAGCUGUGUCCUUGUUUUGGCUGUUGACAGACUUUCCAUUUUCUUGUCUUUCUCUGUCCCUUUUCCCUCCUCUUCCCAUCACAUCACUUUGUCCCUAGUGGUUAGUAUUUGGUGGCAGAUCUCGGUCCUGUGGCUGUUCCUGUUCCACGGAAAAAAAAAAAAAAAACAAAACACUGAGGGGUGGGCAGUGGUAAGAAAAGUAAUUUUUUCUAAUUUUUGUAUUGGUAUCCCCAAGCGUUUGUAUUUUUUUAAUUGCAAACACUGUGUUUUGUGGUCUUUGGCAGUUGGCAGCACUUUCUGUAUUAUCUUUUGAAAAACUUGAGUUUUACCACAGUCUUAAGCAAAUUUGAAAUAAAUUCUUUUGACACUGCCA